AGUGUCACAAAAUCCAGAAUCACUCAGAAAAAACACGUAGAAAGACAGUCGGGUGUGUGAUGUAAUUUCUUUUCAUCACUGUAUAUGAUUUCUUGGAGUUUCUUGGGUUUCUUGUUCGUUUUUUAGUAAAAUCUUGAAAAAGGGGGAUCUGGGUGUGUUAAAAUACCUUGCUUUCCAUCUGGGUUUCCAAAGAUUUUGGGGGGAAAACCCAAAAGAUAUAAAGAUCCAAUCAAACCCUUAUUAGGGUUAGUUCCCAAACAUUCUUGAGUCAGAAAGCUUCAAAUCUUUUCUCAACAGAAGCCUUUGGGAAUUGAUGGUUAAAUCUCCAGGUUACAGAAUGGUAGGAGGGAAUGGUUUGUUCUUUCCAAUACUUGGAUUUGCAUCAAUUGUUGCUUUUAUUUAUUUAUCUUUUGGGGAUUUAUUGUCUGUAAGAUACAAAAAUGAGAUCAGUUUGAGUUUUGUGGAGAGAAAUGGAAGCAACUUCAUUGUGGAUGGUGAAUUGUUUUACAUCAAUGGUUGGAAUUCGUAUUGGUUCAUGGACCAUGCUGUUCAUUACGAUAGCCGACCAAGGAUCCGAGCCAUGCUUCAAGCCGCAGCUAAGAUGGGUUUGACUGUUUGUAGAACCUGGGCUUUUAAUGAUGGUGAUUACAAUGCUCUUCAGAUUUCCCCUGGACAAUUUGAUGAAAGGGUAUUUCAGUCGUUGGAUUAUGUGAUUGCCGAAGCCAGAGAAGUUGGAAUUAGGCUUCUGCUUAGCUUAGUUAAUAACUUGGAUGCUUACGGUGGCAAGACUCAAUAUGUGAAAUGGGCGUGGACUGAAGGCGUCGGGUUGAGCUCAUCUAAUGAUUCAUUCUUUUAUGAUCCAUCGAUUCGCAUUUAUUUCAAGAACUAUCUCAAGACUAUCUUAACAAGGAAGAACACAAUAACAGGACUCGAGUACAGAGAUGACCCUACCAUCUUUGGUUGGGAGUUAAUCAAUGAGCCCCGGUGCAUCACCGACCCUUCUGGCGACACUUUGCAAGGGUGGAUAGAAGAAAUGUCGACCUUUAUAAAAGCAAUCGACAAUAAACAUCUAUUAACCGUUGGUCUUGAAGGAUUUUAUGGUCCUAAAAGUCCCAAGAGAAAGACGGUUAAUCCAGAAUUUUGGGCCGCUGAUAUGGGAGUGGAUUUUAUUCGCAACUCUGCGCCCUCGACCAUCGACUUCGCCUCUGUUCAUAUUUACCCUGAUCAAUGGUUUAAAAAGAAAAGUCUUCGAGGAAAACUAAAAUUCGUGGCGGAAUGGAUGCACUCUCACAUCGAAGACGGGGAGCAAGUGCUAAAAAAGCCCGUCAUGUUUACUGAAUUUGGAUUGUCCGAUCUAAACAAAGGUUUUGACCCUUCACAAAGAGAUGAAUUCUACAAAAUUGUGUUUGAUGUUAUAUAUGAAUCAGCAAAGAAGAAAGGAGCAGGGGCGGGAUCAUUUGCGUGGCAGUUUUUGGUGGAAGGAAUGGAGGAUUUUAACGAUGAUUUUGGAAUAGUGCCGUGGAAGAGAGCUUCGACAUAUAAAAUUAUAACCGGGCAUACUUGCAGAUUAGCGAAAAUUCAUGGGACGGUUACACCAGUAACAGGAAAUUUGAAAGAUAUAUGUAAUGGUAGAUGGUAAAACAAACUUAUAGUUCUUAUGAUUUUGAUCGAAAUAAUUUGUUUGUUU